AUGUGGUGUGAUAGUUCAACUAAUUGGUUCAACUGUGCAAUGUGCAUCCUGGUCUUGUUAAAACCAUCACAUUCGCCUGAAUAUUUAUGCUUUCUUGAUAAUACGGUGUUAGCAUGUGAACAUACUAUUUUGACGACACAUGCGUUGGUAUGGAUGCACAACUUGAACAAUUGCCCGAUGAAUAUUUUAUUUUCUAUUUUAUACCACAUGUACUGCCCACUACCAUGUCCGACUGUCACAUCGUCACACAUUGGUCAGGAAAUUCCAACACCUGCCCGCUAUGAGGUGGAAAUGAUGCAGCAUUAG